CAAAUAAUUUGAGGGUUCAGAAUGAGUAAAGAUGACGAAUACGAUUACUUAUUUAAAGUUGUAUUAAUAGGAGACAGUGGUGUCGGAAAAUCAAAUCUCCUCUCACGGUUCACCAGAAACGAGUUCAGUUUAGAAAGUAAAAGCACAAUAGGCGUAGAAUUUGCUACCAGAUCAAUAGAAGUAGAUGAAAAAACGAUAAAAGCUCAGAUAUGGGAUACAGCGGGUCAGGAAAGAUACAGGGCUAUCACAAGUGCGUACUACCGGGGCGCAGUGGGCGCACUCUUAGUCUACGACAUUGCUAAACAUCUGACAUACGAGAACGUUGAGAGGUGGCUGAAGGAGCUGAGGGACCACGCCGACACUAACAUUGUUAUCAUGCUGGUGGGAAACAAGAGCGAUCUCAGACAUUUGAGGGCGGUUACUACCGAAGAGGCUAAGGCUUUCUCAGAACGGAAUUCACUAUCGUUUAUCGAAACAUCAGCUUUAGACUCCACCAACGUUGAAACAGCUUUCACCAAUAUACUUACAGAAAUUCACCAUAUUGUCUCUCAACGACAGUUGGAAAACGAGGACAGAGAGGAUGUUCCCGGUGGAUCUUCAAUCGUGAUAGACAAAACCGAGGAGCUGUCAAGCAGCAACAAACCAAACCCUUGUCAAAUGUGCGGAUAGGUGGAUCAGUCACAUGCCGAUAUUAUGAUUAACUGUAUCUGUAGCCCUAGCGAUUGUAGCGCGACUAGGGGUGCUUACUUUAUGGUACGCGGUGUGUCAAUGUUAAAUAAUCUGGAAGGCGGGUCUUUUAAUUAUGUUUUCUCGAAUAUAUUGCGGCUGGACAACUUGCUUAGUCCAUAGUAUUAAUCAAACAUAGCUGAUAUAAUUCUGCAUAUUAACUAAUUAAUAAUUCGCUAUCGGAUUGUGUUAAUUUCUUCUCAGUAUAUACCAUGGUUUAGAUUCAAUAACAUACUAUAUAAUUGCAAUUCUGGAAAUUAAUACUGUAAAAUUAAAUCGAUAAUCGUGUAUUUGUAACUUAUUCUUGUAGAUAUGAUACUGGUACUAUACGUGUGGCUUGCACGUGUGAUAUUACCGCAUCAUUAUAACAUGGCACGGCAAUUGUUUAGUGUUUAUGUUCAGUUUGAUAACUUUAAAUAGUUCAAAAUACCCCAGUUUAAUUCAGGAAAUGAUUGGUUAGCGCAUGUCAUUUGAAUUUUCAAAUAUGAUAUACUUUUGUUAAUUGAACUUUCGUUUAUUAAGACAUGUAAGCACAAAUGAUUUUUAAAAUUUUGUGUGCUUUGAUAGUCCAAUAUGUUAUAAGAAAUUUGUCGUAA